GCGUUUUGGGACUAACAUAUGGUUAAGUUUUAUUUAAAUAAUUCGCUUGCGCGUAUGGAAUUUUAAGCAAUGGGUGGAAACCAGAGGACCCGUAGAAAACCCACAGGUUGGACAGGCGACUCUACUGCUUGUCACGUACAAUCGGGGAAUUGAAACCACGCCAGCUGACUCAAUGACAGACCUUAUGGUACAACGCACACGCGCUAACCUAUUCGGCCAUCCAACCCUCGAAAAUAAGAAGCUGUGGCACAAUACAUCUAUUUAUUUAUGUACAUAUCAUUAGCGAGGAGUGAGGCCAGAACGGCUGCGUGUGUUUGAUCCACGUUAUUUCUAUGAAUGAAUGUUGAAGAAAAAAAUUUAAUUAUGUGGAGAUUCUGUUUGUAUUGCAAAGCGCAUUGAUAAGAGUGAAAAAAGGUGAAAUGGGUUUUGGCAUAGUUGGAAGACACAGUGAUGGUUCAAUCUUAUUUCUAUAAUUCGCUUGCGCGUAGGGGUCUUUAGCUGUGGAAGGAAACUGGAGGACCCGGAGAAAAACCCGGGAGGAUGUACAGGCAUUAAAGUGGCAUUUUCGGAGCUGAUCGACGACAGUACUAUUUUAAGUGUUAUAAUGAAUGUCCUGAUAAUCGUCAUCAGUUGUCUUCUCUUCAACUGUGUUGAGGCAAAAACAAGUUCCGCAUGUUACAGUUCACAGUUGUCCAUCAAUUGUACAAUUCACCAACUUACUUGUGAAAACCCGAUGGUAAUCUCAUUGACCUCUGUGACGUUUGGGUAUAGACCAGGGUGUGGUAGUGUUGGUGAUUGUACUAAUUUAACAUGCUGUGUGGAACAGACUGCUGAUUGUAAGAUACCUGUUAAUCAGACGCAUCUCCUGGAACUAAAAGGAGGAUGUGAUGGUAGCUCAUCGUGUAAAAUUGAAAGAUUGAAAGAUACAUCUACAGCUUGUUCGGCUCAUUCAUCCAAUCCGGCUUACAGUGUAAUACAAUAUAACUGCAUUUCGACAUUAGUUCGGGUGACUACAAAAGCCACUCCACGGGCUACUACACCCCUAAUUACUACACAAGCUACACCGCCACUGAUUACUACACCACCUACUACACAAGCUCCAACAUCAACACCAGUUCAGAGUGAAACACCAGUAGCAUCAACAACUGCUUCUACACAGAGCAACGCCGAUUCUGUGUAUGCGCCAUGUGCAGCUUCUACUGUUGGAGGUAUAUUGGGAACACUGGUUAUUAUAUGUGUAAUUCUACUGAUUUUACAGUUCUUAUAUUUCCAAAGGAAAAUUAAAACCAUGAACAAAGAGGGCACCGUGGUGGAACACCAAUAUGAUACGACUCAACGUCGUCAAGACAGCCUACCCAAACCAAUAUAUGAUGCUUUAGACACGGAUGGGAAAUCAACUUAUAUAAAUCUCGGGAAUUAUGCCCGUUCGGACAGUACGGAAUAUUAUAAUUUAAAAGGUAUUCAAAACUUACCAGGAGCCAGAGGCCAAAAUACGAAAACAACCACGUUGGACUCACAGAGUGGUGAAAUGUACGAAACCGUGGAUGGUAAAUACAUUAAAGUAUUAGGUUAAACGUCCGAAAGUCACGUGAACCCAUUAGAAAAGGAAACAUAUAUAGGUUAUCUGGAAUAUUUGCGGAUAUCUUAUAUAUCGUUGUUGUUUAGUUGGAUAUUGAAGCAUGUUUUGUCUAACGUGUUGUUUUAGACGGACAAUGGUGUGUCGUGUUAAAACUGUCUCCACUAGAACGUAUAAACAUUGUCCAGUGUUAGAGAUAACUCUUAAUGAACUGAUAUUUUUGUAAAAAAUGGAAGCUUCAUAUAAUGCUUAUGCUGAUAAAAUGCUACUAGUACUAUCAUGUCAUAAAAUACUAUCAAUAUCAUCAUGCCAUAAAAUACUAUGAACAUUAUCAUAAAACUCUGUGAAUAUUAUCAUGCCAUAAAAUACCAUGAAUAUUAUCGUGCCAAAAAAUAUUGUGACCUCUAUCAUGCCAUAAAAUACUAUGAAUAUCAUUAUGUCAAUGAAAUGAAAGGUGGUGUAACCAUUGCUGCUCCUACCAGCCAUUUCGGAAGGGUAUAUUCUUAUCACCUCCUACACUCCAAAGGGGGGGGGGGGAGAGGGGGUUAACAUCCACUCGACACAAACUAGGUCAUUUCUGGACUAACAUAUGUUUCAAUUUUAUUUCAAUAAUUCGCUUGCGCGCAGUUGUCUUUAGCAGUGGGAGGACCCGAAGAAAACCUACGAGGCUGGACAGGCGACCCUACUCCUUAUCACGCACCGCAGGAUUUCGAAACCACGCCACUUGACGCUAUGACAGACCUUGUGAUUUUACGCACACGCGUUAAACAAACAGACCAACCAUACCCCCCACCCCUUAGACGGGUACUAGCAUACGGAUAUUAAAUUGGCAAGAAAUACCACGAAUAUUGCCAUAGCAUAUAAACAUAUGUCGGUGACAUCACACAAGGUUGAAGCCGGUGUUAAGCCCAAAGCAGUAACGAUAUGUUAAGCUGUAUUGAUGCCAUGUAAACAAUGUUAGGGUUUUCAUAAUUGUGAAUGAAGUAGUAUAUAUUUUAUAACUUAUAGUGGACAGCAUUUCUCUUAUUUACUUGACCUUGGCUUUACUCCGGGGCCCUGUUUCUCAAAAGCUUCACUAAGGAUAAAAUCCAAAUUUUAGUAGAUACUUCAAUUUUGAUUGGCUAAGCACUAAAAUCAAUCUAAUAUUAUCCAAUCAAAUUAAUAAAAUUUGGAUUUUAUCUUAGUUAGAAUUUCGUGAAACAGGCCCCGGGUGUUAUUCGUGGUUAUUCGGUGUCGUUUCUCCUCUGCAGUGCAUAAUUUCAUAGCUCAUUGUAUUGCUUAUACCUGUCUUCAUUAGCCCACUCGAUGCACAUAUGUGGGACGUUAACCUCUUUUUCAUUUAAUGUACUAGCUGGUACGCUAGUCUGGAGGUCGAGUGUUCGAUCCCUGCAUUGGCCGAGAAAGUACAUCGGGAUUUUCCGACGUGAUUUCACCAUGUCAGUGGUGCAGGACGGAGGGCCUCACAAGGUCAGCUGUCUAGUCGUUCGGAUGAGAUGAAAACCCGAGUUCCCGUAUAUACAUUGGCAUGUCAGUGGUGCAGGACGGAGGGUCUGGCAAGGACAGCUGUCUAGUCUUUCGGAUGCGACGAAAAACAAUGUACACAUUGACGUGCACAUAAAAGUAGACCAUAGUGCCACUGCCCGGGCGAAUCUCCCCUUAUAGCACACUGUAUGGCGUAUGUCCGUCUUUAUUAUUCCAGUUGGAGCAGAACAGUAGGCCGUUAAACUCCAAUUCAUUUCUCAUUUUGGCUUUGUGAUGUCAGUAAUGUAAUAUUUAUAUGUAUUAAAACCGUCACUGUGUUUACGUGCUUUAUGCCCACUCGACACCAACUAGGUCAUUUCGGGACUAACAUAUGGGUCAAUUGUAUAGCAAUAAUUCGCUUGUGUGUAAGGGUCCUUAACUGUGGGAGGAAACCGUAGUACCCGGAGAAAACCCACGAGGUUGGAAUCGAAACGACAGUUGACUCAAUGGCAGACCUUAUGAUACAACGCGCACGCGCUAACAAUUCUGCGAUCCAUCACCACCCCACCCCCGUAAUGUUUAAAGUAUAGUCGAUAAUAUUGUUUUAUUUAAUUUCUGUCAGUGUCUGUAAUAUCUGUAUCAAAACGUUACAAUGUUCAGAGUAUGAUCCAUAACUGGUGUUAUGUCGUUAUGUUAUAUUCUACAGUAUCAUCCAUAGCAUUAUUUUAUUUACAUUAACAUUGUUUUAUUUACUUUCUGUCAGCCUGGUGUUAUAUCGUUAUGUUAUAUUAUAAUAAUCCAUGGCCUUUUUUUAUUUACUUUCUGUCUGCCUGGUGUUAUAUCGUUGUGUUAUGUUGACAUGCAAUAUGUAUUAAAUAUCUUAUAAUUUUAGAUUACA